AUGGCAGCAGUGGCCUUCGACUACUGCUUGACGCUUUCACAAGAGGCCCAGUUGAUCUGGGGAAAGAAGUGGGGUGUCAUUAGAAUUACUUUUACCCUCACUCGUUAUGCCACCUUGAUGGGUACUGCCAUGACCCCGUACGCUGCGGUGACUGACCGGUCUAAGUACACAAAUGUUCGUGAAGUCGUGAUUUAA